AACUGACAUUCCUUAAAAUCUUCUCUGCCUCAGUUUCCUUUUCUUUUUAAAAUUUUUGUAAGAAAAAAAUGUGGUUUUUUAGCAGAAAAGGCCCAUCUGGAUUCUCAUCAUCUUCUACAGCUGAGCAAGUUACUCAGGGGAUCGAUGGCUCCGGUCUUACUGCCAUUGUUACAGGAGCAUCUAGUGGCAUUGGCCAAGAAACUACCCGGGUGCUUGCGUUACGCGGUGUCCACGUUAUCAUGGCAGUGAGGAAUGUUGCUGCUGGAAAAAAUGUUAAAGAAACUAUAGUAAAGGAAAUCCCCUCGGCUAAAGUUGACGCGAUGGAAUUGGACCUCAGUUCAAUGGCAUCUGUGAAAAAGUUUGCAUCAGACUUCAAAUCCUCAAGUCUUCCAUUGAACAUCUUAAUUAACAAUGCAGGAGUUAUGGCUACCCCAUUCAUGCUUUCAAAAGACAACAUAGAACUACAGUUUGCAACUAAUCACAUAGGUCAUUUUCUUUUGACAAGUCUGUUGUUGGACACCAUGAAGAAAACAUCUCGUGCAAGUAAUAAAGAAGGGCGAAUUGUGAAUGUUUCAUCAGAGGCGCAUCGAUACCCUUAUGAGGAAGGAAUUCGUUUUGACAAAAUCAAUGACCAGACCGGGUAUGGAAGCUAUCGCGCAUAUGGUCAAUCAAAGCUUGCUAAUGUGUUGCAUGCUAAUGAGCUUGCGAGACAACUAAAGCAGGAAGAUGGGGUUAAUAUAACUGCAAAUUCGCUGCAUCCUGGAGUAAUAUCCACCAAUCUUUUUCGCCAUAUGGGCGUUGUCAAUGGAAUUGUUGAUAAAAUUGGUGGACUGGUGCUUAAAAAUGUUCAGCAGGGUGCUGCAACAACAUGCUAUUUGGCAUUAAAUCCACAAGUUAAGGGUAUAAGUGGUGAAUACUUUUCAGACAGUAAUGUAGCCAAAGCAAGUAAUCACGGUUUGAAUGUUGAAUUAGGAAAGAAACUCUGGGACUUCACCAAGAAACUGGUUAGCUGAAUGAUGAGUCUCAACCUCGAAUACAGUUAGUUAAUGUAAUCAGUAUAUAUUAAACAAUGUUCAAUUCAUGGAUCUUCGGUUCGAGAAAUGAAAAUAAGAGGACCGAGCCAUUUCUUCUGAUUCUGUUUCAAAUUCGAUAUAUACAUACAUGUUAUUAUCA